AAGAAGCGUGAUGUCUGGAAGAGGUAAAGGAGGCAAAGGCCUGGGAAAAGGCGGAGCGAAGCGGCACCGCAAAGUGCUCCGUGAUAACAUCCAGGGCAUCACGAAACCAGCCAUCCGGCGCCUGGCUCGCCGUGGCGGGGUCAAACGCAUAUCGGGCUUGAUCUACGAGGAGACCCGCGGGGUGCUGAAGGUUUUCCUGGAGAAUGUGAUCAGGGAUGCGGUCACCUACACUGAGCACGCCAAGCGCAAGACGGUCACCGCCAUGGAUGUGGUGUACGCUCUGAAACGCCAGGGCCGCACUCUCUAUGGAUUCGGCGGCUGAGGGUAAAGCGACCCUUUUCCAGCGAACCCAAAGGCUCUUUUCAGAGUCACCCAAAUCCUCCGACAGAGAGCGGAGACCUGA